UCUUGUCGCCUGUGUAUCCCCGAUAUGACAUUCUUUUCUUCCAUUGAUUGAGCUGGUAUCAUCAAUUGCACACGUAAUGGCUUCGAAACUCUUUACUUGGACGAAAGGUGACCGCCGGCCGGCCACCGAUCUCUACCGUGUCGACGGCCUGGUGCCAGUUAAUGCAUGUGACAACGCAUCGGAUUUGGGCAACGCCAGCAAACGGAGCACAAGGAAACCGCACCCGCUACAGCUUGCAAAAUUAGACUGUUUUGUUCCUCCUUCCACCAUCCACAACGCCGCAGUCACUUCUAUCCCGUUCGGAUCGAAUCUCGUUACCUCCUUCAAUGAUAUGUUGCAUUCUCCUGGCUUCAAUUCCCCGUUCCUCCCGUCAGCUCCGAGAAAACCAGUGCCUGGAAGACGACGAUCGUAUACUGCACCGACCACACCAAUCGCAGAACUGCCCGGUUCGCUUCUGCAAGAGAACCAGGGUUUUCCAGAUACUCCACAGGCAUCUCCGGUAGAGCCUAGGUUGGUGAUAUCUGGAAAUCUGGCUCUAAGCUCGAAAGUUCAGCGCAUGCGUACGGCUCCCGGUGUAGCAAAUCACCGGAAGAGUAUCAGCCUCAACAGUACGGCUUUCAAUAGUAACGCUCAUCAAUUGGCGCCAGGCAUUGCAAGAUCAAAAGGUCAUAGCGCAAGCGGAAGCGUGGGAUCUUGGUGUACUAGCGCUAGAAGCAACAGGUCACGAGAAGAGCUUUCUGAGCACAGUAACCAGAGUUUCAUCAUGCCUACGCCUAUCCCGGAAGACCACAGCUCAGGAACCAAUGCGGAUAAUGCCUUUCCAAUCCCUCAGAUAAGGCAGUCGUCGCAGUCAUCCAUGAUCGAACAAUUGGAGACUACCAUCAUUACUCAGAAAACGAUGAUAGUCACGAUGAGGCAGCAAUUCGUCGACCUGCGGCAAUCUUACGAGGCGCAUGUGACCAGCUUGACGGAGAGUCAUCGCAAAGAGAUUGACGCCUGUAAUACUUACAUGAAAGUGCUUGAAGAUACACGUAAUAACCGCUCUAUGAGCAUACCUCUCACAAUCGACACGAGUACCCUCUUGGCACCAAGUCCAAACCCAAACACAGCCACUGCAUCAGCGACGACCACUCGCUCUGCCCCGACAUCAUUCGAAACAUCUUCUCGGCACUCGCGCUACUCUGGUGAAGAAUUGAGGAAGCGUGGGACAAUCCAGUCCAGAGCGCCAUCUGUAGAUGCUCAAAUUGAAAUCAGGGAACUGCGGAAAGAGUUGGAAAAUGCAAACCGUCAGCAAGAAACCAUGAAUCAACAGCUGGAAGCACUGUCGGCGAAGAAAAAUGCCUACAAGGACAGAGCUGUAGACCUCGAAACGCGCCUUCUCAGUAGCCAAGAGCAGGUUGUUGACCUGCGGGAGGCUGAGUACAGGCUGGAAGCGCAAAGAAGGAGGACUCUGGACUAUGAGAGUAUGCUCAAGAAGGAGCUUGAAGCCAUGCGCUCAAAGCUGGACUCUGGAGCUUCCAAGCUUCACGCGGAAUUGAAUGAAGCCAAGCAACGCAUACAAUCAUUAACAGCGCAGCUCAAUUCCACCAAAGAGCAACAAGUCGAACCCAUCGCAGCGCUCACAUCCCAGAUCAAGACCCUCCAAGCGCAAGCCAAAGAAAAAGACACACAGCUCUACGAGCUCCGGCACACAAACGAAGUCCUCCAGCUCGAAGUCUACGACCUCGACCACCGCAGCGUCGUCCUCGCCGCCGAGCACGAAGAAGCCCUCACGCUGGAAGCGCGCAAACGCAGAAAGCUGACCGAGAAAGCCGCGCACGAGUCCAGCGCGCUGAAAACGCACAUCGCGGCGCAGCAGCGCGACCUGCGCGCGUGCCAGGCAGAGUACGAGCGCUUGCGCAAGCUGCUGCACGCGGAGAUGCGGAAACAGGCGCAGGACGUGCUGGCGAGCGGCUCGGUGCCCGCUGCGAGCAAGAAUGCGCAGAUCGUGGCUGCGGAGGCGAGACGGCGCGUGAAGGCGCUGAUUCAGAGGGAGGAGGGCGGGGAUGGCCAGGCGAAGGAGAUGCAGGAGGUGGAUUUAAGAGAGCGUGUACGGAGCCUGGAGAAGGAGAUCGCGCUGCAUGUCUCCAGCAUCAUUGGCUUGAAGCGCGAUGCCCGCGGCUACAGGAAGGAGGUCAAGCACGCGAACGCGGUGAUCGAGCGCCUGCACGCCGCUGUUGCAGCCGCUGACGCUACACCAAGGCCCAGACUUCCAGCACCACCGCCAAAACGCGAUGAGCGGGCACUCGGGCUGGGCAUCGCGGCCACAGGCAGCAGCAGGGCGUCCUCGUCGACAGCAUCUGGUCUCGGCACCACUAGCCCAAGCACCACCACGCCGCCAGCCUCCUCCUCCGCCUCCUCUGCCUCGUCAUCAGCGUCUACGCCCUCGCCCUCGCCCUCGCCCUCCUCAAACUCGGCGGUCCCUUCGCCUCUCGCGCCGGGGCGCUCGACUAUCCACACCGCGACGGCGGUCACCGUGGCUGUGGCUGCUAGGGCCUCGGCGGGGACGACCGCUACCACUGUGGACAGUGCCGCGCCAGCGACGCCGAUGCCGACGCCGGUAACGGCUGUUUGUGAGCGUGGGGGGUCGGUGACAAAGGUCCAGGCGCGUAUGGAGGCGGCGAAGCGCGAGCAAGAGCAGCUGGAACGGGAGCAGGCGGAGCAGUUGUCCCCGAUUCCGCUGCCCCCGCCGCUGAGGGUCGAGACGGAGAGGAUGAGUAUUUCGAUCAAGUACAAGGAGAAAAUUUCGUACUAUUAG